AUGAAUGGCUUAAUGUGCCAACAUUACGCGAUCCAGAGCAAAAUUAUUGGAGGUGAUAAUGUUGAUAGUUACGAAUUAACAAAUUUUGUCGUUGGAAUUUAUAUUGAUGAUGGAGAAUGGUGUGGAGGCUCAAUAAUAUCAAGCAAAUGUGUAAUAACGGCCGCGCAUUGUUUAUAUGAGAAAAACAAAGCUAAGCUUUAUUUUGGUUACAUUCGACUAUCUUCACCUCCUUCUGGUGCUGUGAAUAUGAACGCUAGCCAUGACGAUUUCAUUAUUCAUAACGAAUUUAGCCCAAUCACACUUGCUAAUGACAUUGCGGGAAUAGUUCUCAGGACAACCUUAUCCUUUACAACACAAAUAAUUCAGCCAAUACAAUUAUUUUCAAAGUACGAUUCCUAUAAUUAUUCGUUAGAGAGUGGAGCCGCUACUUUAUGUGGUUGGGGAUUUACUUCUGAUUCUAGUACAACUUUAAGCGAUUUUCUUCAAUAUGUUGAUGUUUAUCUAAUGUCUAUCGAUUCUUGUAAAAAAUUUUAUCCAAAUGUAACAAAAUUCAAUUUGUGUACAACAUCUGGCUCUAAUGUCGCGAAAGGAGGGUGCAGAGGUGAUUCCGGUCAUGGAUUAGCUGCACAGAUAAACUCUUCCAGAAAAUUGAUAGGAAUUUUAUCAUUUAGAAGUAAAAAUGGUUGCAAUAGUCUGGACCCAAGAGGUUAUACCAAUAUUGUGGAAUAUUCCAACUGGAUAUGCCAAAAUUUUAGAGUGUGCUAA